AUGGCCAUUGUAAACGGCUUUAUCGUGCACAAGAUCAAAAUGCAGAAAGAUGGAAAGCCACUACCAAGCCACGCAGAGUACAUGCGUCGCUUGCAUCUCGAGUUGCUAGCACGUACCCCACAAAGCUUGGCAAGUAAUAAGCAGGCGGAAGACUUAGCGUCAGUACCGCUGCCUCCCGCAGAACACCACCUACAAGAGCAACCACGUAAGUAUCGGGAUAAGCGUCGUCAGCAUCCCUGCAAGAUUUGCUCUGCUAUGGCCCCACCAAAUACGAAAGGACCCGAGAGUCGCUUUUUCUGCCAGGCCUGCGAAGAGCUUCACAAUGGAUAUGUGCCCCUCUGCAACUGCGUGCGCUGGAAGGAAGUAGGAAACCGACUAACCUGUGACCAAAUUUGGCACGACUCUUGGGCUAACGGCACCGCCAUCCCUGCUCACCUGAGGAAAAACAUCAGGUUCCGUAAGCAUAAACGCAGCGAAGACGAGUAA